AUGAAUUGUCAGUGUGCCUACAGAAGAUCAUGGAUGGUUCUGGGUCUUGGGGCCUGCUUGUUCAUCAACCCCACUCGUUCUAUCUGGUUCCAAGAUUUCUACUAUACAAGUAACGGAUUGCGAAGUAGGUCGUUAUCAACACUACUUAUUUCUGCAAUCUUCGACAUCAGGCGCGCGCACGAGGUUCAUCAUAAUUAUAUAACCAAUGAGUCCAGCUUUAGGUAA